AUGGCAAUCUUCAAGAAGAAGGCCAGCAAGGAGCGCGGCGAAGGCGCUCGCUCCCCGACUAACAGUCCGCCUGUCCAAGGCCAGCCAGCCCAAUCCAUGACUGCCGCUGCGCGUCACGUCUCGGUUUCGGACAGCUUCAACGCGGCGGGCGGUCCUAAUGGAAAUUUCCCCAACCCGAAGCGGAUGACGGCCCAGCAGCAGCCGCAGAUGGGACAGCCAGGCCAGCAACAAGGAUACAUGCCUCCCGACCGCUCGUCCUUACAGCAGGUCGCGACUGGCCGUGCGUCACCGGCUGGCGGCCCCGGAUACCCAUUAGGCAUGGGACUGCCUUCUGCCUUGCAGCAGAACGGCCCACCCACUACCGGCACUCCUCUUCCCAACAUCAACCCGGGACAGACAAUGCCUGGACAGCCCAUGCCCGGCACGCAGCCUCAGCCCCUCGGCCCGCCGCACAAUGUGCAGUCGCCGACGAACCCCGGUUACCCGUGGUCGACGCGCCAGCUGCGGCUGUACCAGCCCCCGACGAACCCGCCCGCCCCGCCCAUGUCGCCCUUCCCGCGAUACGGGCUCAGCGUGCCGCCCUACCCGUCGCACUCGGGGCACAUGCUUCUUUUUGGUGGAUUAGUCGGCGAGCGCGCCCACAACGACCUCUGGAGCCUCGACGUCCGGGAUUGCUCCCUCCAGCUCGUCAAGACCCGCGGCGAGGCGCCUCUCCCGCGUAUCGGGCACGUCAGCGCCAUUGCCGACCGCGUCAUGCUCGUGUUCGGCGGCGACACCAAGAUCAACGAGGACGACCAGCAGGACAGCGGCCUCUACGUUCUGGACCUGCGGACGCAGGAGUGGACCGGUGUGCCGGUUGCGACUGGCCCGAGUGGUCGGUACGGCCAUGCCGCGUGCCUUCUUGGUGGAUGCUUCUACGUGCACGGCGGUCACGUCGAUGGCCGGAACCUCGACGACCUGUGGUCUUUUGACAUUCGCCAGCUGGGACAGGACACGCCUAACGGGCAGUACAAGUGGGAGCGCGUCAGCUACUCCACCCCUGCGCCUCUGGCUCGUACCGGCCACACGCUCGUACCGUACCGCAACAAGCUCUACCUGUUUGGAGGUACCGACGGCGACUACCACUACAACGACUCGUGGUCGUUCGAUGUCGCCACCGGCGCCUGGACCGAGCUCGAGUGCAUUGGCUACAUUCCCAUCCCGCGUGAGGGCCACGCCGCGGCGAUCGUCGACGAUGUCAUCUACGUCUUUGGUGGUCGUGACGUGCACGGCAAGGACCUCGGCGACCUCGCGGCCUUCCGCAUCUCCAACCAGCGAUGGUACAUGUUCCAGAACAUGGGUCCCACACCCAUGGCCAAGUCGGGACACUCUCUCUGUGCCGCCCACGGCAAGGUGUUUGUCAUUGGUGGAGAGUCCAACCUCUCCAACCUUUCUCAGCGCGAUGAUCCUAACAUGCUCCACGUGCUGGACACUACGAAGAUUAAAUAUCCGACCGACAGCCAGGCUGGACGACCCAACACGACCCGCCCGCGAACGACUUCGGACGCCACAGACAGGCGCCCUUCGCCGGGAGGGCUCACUUCGCCUUACGGUACGGGCCAAGCUGGCCCCGACGCCACACGGGCCGCCUACUUGGCGUCGAGGUCGCACGACAACCUGUCUCGGUCAAUGUCUCCAUCCACCAUUUUCGGCCAAGGACAAGGAUCAGAGCAGCGGCCUCUGGUCAUCGCCAACGACACGGGCAACAACGUCACCAAGGGCACGGGACGGAACGAGUCGCAGGACUGGCAGGGCUUCCCGCCGGGCGCUGCCCCGCCGAACGGCCCCGGCCAGCCCGGCCAGCCUGGCGCCGUCCGUCCCAACGGCGUCCCCCCGCAGCGUCCCAAGCGCGAGGGCGACGAUGAGUUCCGGAGAGCCAUGUCGCCCACGAGCGGCGGUAGCUUUGGCAACCAGCAGCAGGGCCCGAACGGCGACAUGGGGUACCAGAACUUUGGCACCGCGCACUCGUCCAACCAGGGCCACGCCUCGAACGCCAGCAACAACGCCCCGAGCCUCAACGGCAGCGCGCACUCGCACACGAACUCUCAGAAUAACAUUCCGAUGAGCCCGGAGCGCAAGAGCAGCUUGAACAACAAUGGCAUCGGCGCUGCUGUUGUCGGCGGGGUGUUGCUGGAGCUGUCUCCGACGCCCAUCAACGCUGCCGAGCGCGCUCUCAUGGGACAGGACCAGAACGCCGGCGGCUCGCCCAUCCAGCCCAGCCACACGAUCCACCCCAACCCACGCAACUCGCGCAGCCCGCCUCCUCAGUUACGUCUCGACGGACCCGGCCGACCAGCUCUGCCCGCCGACGCGUUCUACUUUGGCGGCGGUGGUCGCUCGCCCACGGGCUCGGGCAGCCGGCCGACGUCGAUUAACGGUCGCCCGGGAUCGUUAUUAGGCCGACCAGGCUCUAUCGUCGGCAACCGCCCCGGAUCCAUCGUCGGCACGGCUGACCUCCUGCGCGAGCUCAAGGCGCGCGAGACCGAGGCGGACAACGCCAAGCGACGCGAGGCUGCGCUCCGCGUCGUCCUCAGCCGUGCCAUCAAGGAGGGCUUUGUCACCGACGACGAUUCGAUCGACACGCCCUCCCCCGACAUGGUCAGCGACGACGACAAGGUGCGCCAGCUCGCCAAGGCGCUCGUCCAGCUCAAGCACGAGAAGUCCAACCUGCAGAAUGACGUUGCGGCGCAGGUGCGUCAGAUGAGCGACAAGAUGUACGAGACGGAACGCCUGCAGAAGUCGGCCCUCCAGGAGGCCGCCUACUACCGCGCCAAGCUGCAGGCCAUCGAGGCCGGCUCCUCUGUUCAGGUCAACCGCGUCGACACGGAGCGCAUCGCCGACCUCGAGCACCAGCUCGAGUCAACUGCCAACGAGUACUCGAAGAACAAGGCCGAGCUCGACCGCCUCCAGUCCGAGGUUUCGCGACACCAGGAGAUUAGCUCCUCGGCGACCGACCGCGAGGCUGAGACGCUGAAGCGCGCCGAAGAGGCCGAGGAGGAGAACGCCGCGCUCCGGGAACAGCUCGAGGAGAUUCGCACGCUCGCCGAUGGUCACGAGAAGUCUCUCCGCGACCACAACGAGCGCUUCAUCACCCUCACCUCGACGCACAACCAGCGCGAGGCCGAGCGCGACCAGUACAAGGAGCAGCUCGACGAGCUCACCUCGAAGCACGACGACUUUACGCGCAUGCUCGAGGAGGCGCAGCUCGCCAUUGUCGCUGCCGGCAACCGCUCCGACGAGCUCGAGAACCUGCACGGCCAAGCGAAGGAGCACAUCUCGCACCUCGAGGAGGAGAUUGCGGACCUGCGCCACCAGCUCGAGGUCAAGGACCGCGAGAUUGAGGCUGCCAACUCGCGCGCCGCCGAUGCCGAGAACAUGCACAACCAGACGCGCGAGGAGAUUACGAGUCUCCGCUCGCUCACCUCUGGACGGCUCGGCGACCUCGUUACUGCCAACCGGUCGCUCAACGAUGACUCGUCCCGCUCGCUUAAGGGCCACCAGGACCAGCUUCGUGCGCUCGAGGAGGAGAAGUCGUCGCUUCUCAAGCUCCUGCGCGAGGCCGGCCAGCGCGUCGACGCGACCGAGGCGCUCGUCUCGACGCACCGCCAGAAGCAGCGCGACGUCGAGCAGUCGCACAACCAGCUCCGCAGCGACCUGCGCGUGCACCGGACCAAGCUCAUGUCCGCUCAGAACGAGAUGAGCAAGUACCGCGAUGCGUGCGCGGCCAAGGACGCCGAGCUGCGCGACCGCGACGUUGCCGUCACCGAGCUGCAGACGCGGGUGCACCUGCUCCGCAAGCUUCUCGGCGAGCACGGCGUCACGAUCACGGACACGGAGCUCGAGAACGCCGAGGCGCCGAACGCGAGCGAGCUCGAGACGCAGCUGCGUGACAAAGCUCGUGCGCACGAGAAUGCGCAGCGCGAGAUUGACGACCUCACGCGCCGCUGCCACGAGGCCGAGGACAAGGUCGAGUCGCUGGGCCGACUCGUCGAGCGGAUGAAGGAUGCGCGCAGCUCUAGCGCGGGCUCGAUGCGCUCCCCCUCGCCUGGCGGCACGCAGUCGGACACGCACGCGCACUCGAACGACCCCGCCACGCGCGCAGUUGAGGCCGAGCGCCGCCUCGCCGACGUCGAGACGCAGUACAAGGAGAAGAUUGCGGCGCUCGAGGGCGACUACCAGACUGCCGUGCGCUACGUUAAGGGCACGGAGAAGAUGCUGAAGCGCAUGAAGGACGAGCUGAACAAGCAAAAGGCGACGAACACGGCGCUCCUCGCCGAGCUGGACCAGCUGCGCGGCCGCUCCUCGUCUACUGAACCCGGAGCGCGCUCCUUUGGCUCUGGCCGCGCGACGCCGUCGGACGGCGAGCUCUCCCGCCGCCUCACAACCCUGCAGUCGCAGUACUCGACGCUGCAGGCCGAGCUGCAGGCAUCGCAGGACGUCCUCUCCGCCCGAAACCGGGAAGUCGACCUGCUGCGUAUGCGCUCCGAGGAGGCAGACCGGGAGAACGAGGCUCUGCGCGAGGACUUGGCGCAGGCGCAGCACCGCAUCGCGACGCUGCUCGAGAUGAACCAGGCCGAUAUGCACCUAGGCUCCGACGACGAGGAACGCAUGGCGUUGCGCCGCGGCUCGUCCGCGAGCAGCGACGGGGGCACCUCGAUGGCGUUCGACAAGUUUACGAAAGAGCUGAAGCAGUGGGAACGCGCCCGCUCGCCGGACGCGCAUAGCGUGAGCGACGACGAGAAGCGCAUCAACGGACAUGGGGCGAUGCACGCCAACGGCGACCUGCCCGCCGGAUACAUGCACCCCGCCCAGCGCGCUAUCAACGAGGGCGCCGGCCGCCACUCGCGCACGAGCUCGGCGUACUCGGGCGAUUGGCCGCAGUAA